AUGAAGUCCAUCACCCUCGUUACUACUCUGGCCGCUGCCACCACCGCCAUCACCGCCCCCCACACAUCAGCCAAGCGCGAUCUCUACCCAAUAUCCCUCACUGAUCUCUACGCAAGCUACUACGACCAAACCAAACCCGAAACCACCCUCGUAAACUUCAAAUUGAGCGACCCCAACACUAACCUCAACACUACCUGCAACGCUGCCUGGUCCAUCGGCCAAGCCGGCACCCUCAAGUUCAACUGUGCCGAUCCAUCCUACCAGCUGAGCUUCCCGAAUGGCAUCUACAAUGUCGAGGACUUUAUGAUUGAGAUUUCGCGGCCCGAUGGGUCGGAGUCUGGACAGGCCCGUGCUUAUGGGGAGUCGUGGAAGUGUGAGAAGCAUGAUGGGUAUCCGUCGGAGACUUGUGCCUGGGAUGGUGUUUUCCAUGUUGGUGUUAGCAAGUGA